AGUAAUCUGCACCAUUCGUAUGAUCCGGAGUUACCGCAAAACGGAAUUUUUCGAAGUUGAGCUUCGAACAGAGCGUUCACGGUUGGCGAUCGAAAGGGUUACCAAAGUCUUCUCUUUUCAGUUUCCUUUACAUCUUCAAAUAACCAACUACCUGCUUGGAAAGAAACUUGCUUGCAAAUGGAAAAUGAUCAAAAAGAGGUGCUGUACGAUUAUCUUCGGCCCCUGAUUAAUAGCUAUCCUCCCCAGGUGAUGAACCAUAUUCUUUUAUCGUUAUCCAGGGAGUAUUUUGACAUUGCACAUAAUAAUAUUCACCAUGCCAUCAGAGAUGAAGCUGGUUUAAAAUCAUACUUCAAAUUAAUUUAUAUGGCAAUAAAUUGCUUGACCGCAAUAUUAAAUACGUCCAAGAACUUAUCACCAAAUCUUGAAGCCUCCAUUUACUUGAAAUUAUCUCAAAUUUAUUUUAAUGAGACUGAAAAUUACGAUAUUGCAGAAAAUUAUGUCAACAAAGCUAUUACAAUAUCCUCAAGAGUAAACAAUUUGAACUUGAAGUAUAUUAGUGAGUACCUAGCGAGCAAUGUCAUUAGUAUUAAUAAUCCCAAAGUUGCUAUCAAAUACAUAAAUUCAAAGAUGAGAGACUUGAAAAUACUAAAGGAAACCCAGUGGCUUAAGGUGUUUGAGUUUUAUAAGAUAAAUUUGUUAUUGAAUUUGGAUCCUAAGUUUGGGUUAAAUUUGCUAAGGAAAUUCAACGAAUCUAACAAUGAAAUUUAUGAUAAAAACUUGCGACAAUUAAGUAUACUAUUUGAGAUCAAUUUAAAUAUUUAUCGAGGAUCUCCCAAGAUGGCAAUGAUUUUAAUGAGAGACUAUUUUAUAAAACAAUUGGAUAACAAAAAUAAAACUGAACUAGAAUUGUGUGAGAUACCCCAAUUGCACUCGGUUUAUAUUCUAAAUGAGAUUAAUCUUGCUUUAGUGCAGUACCAAUUUCGACAAGGCAAGAAAUCAAUUCGGAAACUAAGUGAGUUUAUAACUGAUCAAAGACAAAAUAAUUGGAACAAUUGGAACCCCGAUGGGUCUUUUAAAAUGCUUUGCCAAAUUAAUAACCAUCAUGCUUCGGUUCCAUUUAAGAUCAACUGGCUAACAUUAGACGAGUUAUAUAUAAUCAAUAAACUAUUUGCUGGAUUGAUGUAUUUAUCCAAGUAUUUUGAAAAGAAUAAAGCAAUGUUAUACUUUAAAAGUGCUCUAAUAGCAUGCCAAAAACAAAUCAAAAAAUUCAUCAGUAUUGGAUUGAAUGACGAGGUUCAUUUACAAAAUGAUACCAAGAAUACUGGUGGUGAAAUUAAACAAUAUUAUGGAGACUAUAUUGGAGAUAAUUCCGGGGAUUUAAACGUAUUUAAUUUAAAACUCAUUCGGUUGAAUUUUAUAAAAUUUCAAAUCAAAUUCUAUCUUAUUUAUUAUGAGUAUAUGGUGAACGAAAAUUUAAAGUCCUUUGACGAACUUAAAUUGAAAAUCAAUGAAUUGAUUAAUGAAUUGAAUAAGCUAACCAUAUUUGAAAGAAAUCAUUAUAAAAACUUUUAUAAAAAAUUCUAUUUUAUCUUGGCUUUGAUUCUACAAAACGAAGGUGACUUGAGAUUGGCCAAAUCCUUAUACUUAAAAGUGCGAGAAUUACUAAGUGAUAAUAACGAUAACAAUACCAAAAACGACACCAUUGAGAGUUAUCAAUUAAAUUUCUUUUCUUUUGUAAAUAAUUUGGGUGGAGAAAGAAUUGAAGGUAAGGAAAACCAUUCUCAAUUGUACAUCUUCAGCACAUUUAAUUUGAUCUUAAUUGUGGAAAAUAACUUGAAUUUUCUCAAAGACCUGAGCAAUAACAGUAUUGAAAUUGAAAGAUUGACAAAUGAAAGAAAUACCUAUUUACAAGAAAUAAAUACCUAUUUUGAAGAAGAAAAUAAAGAAGAAAUCGAUAAAAUUACAAAUAAUCACAAGAUUCAAACUAAUGAGGACUUUAUAAAAAGCGACUUUUUGCUAAAUGAAACCAAAAAAUUGUUUAACAUCUUGUUCAACGAUAUUUCUCAGGAAGAUAGCAAUACUAUUCUCAGCAACAUUAUCCAAGAGUCCAACUACUUUCAAAACAUCUCACCCGAGUUAUACUCCAUUGCAGUGCUCAUGGUCAGCGAGCAGUUUCUAGACUCGUUGACCAAAUGCAGAUUUCUCCUUCAAUGCAUCCACUUCUCCACCAUCUCUCGCAACAAGGUCUUGAACUACCUCAGCAGCCUCUACCUCUACCACAACUAUUACAAAAAUGGCGCUGUCUACGAGGCAAAUCUCCAGUACGAGAAAUGCGUGGCAAUCCAGCAGGAAAUUACCACCCUCUUCGGCAACCAGUAGGGCUGCGAUAACAUGCAUGUUUCUGUAGUAUAUGCGGCCAAUGCUUCCUGUGCAUUAGCACCCUGCUGCUGGCCAUGGCGCAAUAGCACGCGCUGUUUUCCCACACCGGGAGUCGAACCGACCGCCCACCCUGCUGAAAGAAUGCUGAUAACGGCCGCAGUGCCGUGCAUGAU